AUGGCUGACGUGGGGCUUGAGAACCUGAUAGUCAAUACGGCUUUCUUAAGUGUUGAACAUGAUCGUUGCAACAAGCUGAGAAAACAGAGGCUCGCCCUGGCACUGCUCAAGCCAAGCAAGAUAUCAGCUCUGCGUACAAUCGUAGGGAAGAACUAUGAGUGGCUGUGUGAGCUACAGCCUGUUGGAAGGAAGCUCUUCCGGCAGUUUCUUCUAGCCGCCAAUGCACAGUAUGCAGCAGCUGCUGAGCUACUGGAUUUGCUGAGUGAGUGGACCCUGGCUGAAGCCGAACUCAGAGAAAGCGUCAGAAGGAGUAUCGUUGCAAAGUUCUGUCAGCCUGCCUCCAGUUUUGUUUCCUACAUUACCAGAGAAGCAGCUGAAGUGUGCAAGGAUUUAUCUGAGGGGAACUUUGAAGAGGUGAUGGUGAACAAGCUAAGAGAUGACACAAGGGACUUUCUGAGGGGAAAGCCUUUCUCACAGUACCUGAAAAGCCCGUUCUUUUACAGGUUCUUGCAGUGGAAGGAGUAUGAGAAGCAGAACAUCAGUGCCAAAUACUUUUAUGAGUUUAGGAUAUUGGGAAGAGGUGGCUUUGGUGAGGUAUGUGCUUUGCAGGUGAAAACCACGGGUCAGAUGUAUGCCUGCAAGAAACUAGAUAAGAGACACUUGAAGAAAAAAGGUGGAGAAAGGUUUGCCCUUCUGGAAAAGCAGAUACUGGAGAAGGUCAACAGUGUUUUCAUUGUAAACUUGGCUUAUGCCUAUGACACCAAGACUCACCUGUGCCUGGUGAUGGACCUCAUGAAUGGAGGAGACCUCUCAUUCCAUAUCUAUGAGCUUGGGCAUAGAGGUAUCCGUAUGGAACGUGUCAUUCAUUACGCUGCCCAGAUCACUGCUGGGAUCCUCCAUCUACACUCCAUGGACAUAGUGUACCGUGACAUGAAGCCUAAAAAUGUGCUUCUAGACAGCAAAGGCCAGUGUCGGCUGUCUGACUUUGGACUGGCUGUGGAGCUGCCGAAGGGAAAAACAGUUGGCCAGAAGGCAGGUACGACUGGUUACAUGGCUCCUGAGAUACUGAGGCAGCAGUUGUACGGCGCCUCUGUGGACUGGUGGGCUCUGGGCUGCAGCAUCUACGAGAUGGUGGCUGCUCGCUUACCUUUUAUAGACUUCAGAGAAAAGUUGCAGAAUGAGGAGGUAACCCGACGCACACUGGAAGACGAGUGCAAGUUUGAACACAAAAGCUUUGAUGCUCCCACCAAAGAGAUCAUCAGCCUCUUUCUCAACAAAAAGGUUCAACAUCGCCUGGGCUGCCAAGGUGAUGACCCACGAAAGCACAAGUUUUUCAACAGUAUUAACUUCCAUCGUUUGGAAGCGGGGCUUGUGGAACCCCCGUGGAAGCCGAAACCCAACGUGGUCUAUGCCAAGGACACAGACGAGUUCAGGGCCACUUCUGAAGUGGAAGACAUUAAACUUGAUGCUAAAGAUGAGAAAUUCUUCAAAAGGUUCAGCACAGGUGCCGUCUCCAUCCGGUGGCAAAAGGAAAUGAUUGACAGUGGGCUGUUUGAUGAACUGAACAAUCCGAUGAUCAACGGUAACGACUGUGGACUGGAGUCUAGAACAUGCAUCAUUUUGUAAACAUUCUACUCACCAGUAGGUUGGAGCAGAAAAAACAACCUUUAACACUUGAGCGUAUUUCAGUGACAGUGAUUGAAUUCAUCCUUGUGAAGUGCCUGGCGUAAUUUGACAUAAUUUUAAAUGCACCAUAAAGCUAAUCUUUGAUACCACGGUCCAGAGUGAAGCAGGUUUUAGAUCUGGAGUUGUGGCUGUAUGGAAACACACGCUGACAUGGCACUGCAGCUGCUGCUUCACACUUUGUCCUUUACAGCAGACCCCAGUGCAUUCAGUUUCCAUGACAUCACUCUGCCCAUUUUUGCAGACCUAAGUGUUUACAUGUGUUGGCAAACACAUGACAUAAUGGUUGCGUGUCACAGAGAAAUAUGAUCAGUAUGCACAGCAAUGUGGUUGGAAAGACUCAAGUGUUCCUUAAAUGCCGCGAAUGCUUUUGUUCAUGUGAGCGGAUGGUCUCAUGUGACCUCAGUGCUGACUGACGUAAACUCUGACAGUGGCAGUUGUUCACCACUAAGUGCCGCCACAUACCCACGAAGCUCACAGUCCAU